AUGGCUGCAGCGACGCGUGGAGGCGACGACGCACCGAAGCAGUCGAGGCUGCUCGCGGCAGAGGCGACGGCCAUUGCGCUGAAGAGGGUCGGCGCGGACGCUACCGCUGCAGCGGCUGCGGCGGACAGUCCGACUGGUGUUGGGGCAGGAGAUGUCAUCUGGCUCGCGGUAGUGGAAGCUGUGGACGCGGCCGAGGGUGCUGCAGGCGUGAGCAGCGCAGCUAGUGUCGUGGCCAUCGUCGUCAAGGCGGAGGUCGCGAAAGCUGUGCUGGAUGACGAGGACGCCGAGGAAACACCAUUCAUGCGGUCCAAGAUGUCGUUCAUCUGCUGUAACCAUCUCCAUACACCUCGACAUAUACGCCGAGAGACCCGAUCGCGACGCGGAGAGGUCCGGCACAGUGGCCAUGGCGAACUCGAUUUGGGGGACAAAAAUAGAGUUCCCAAAUUGAAGGCUCCGAAUACCAAUUGUUACAAACCUCCACUAUCAAUCACAAAUACAAGAGUAACUUGA